UCUCUCCUCCCGACCAUCCCUCUGAUCCUGAUUCCCAGCUUCUGCCACCAGGACAUCAUGGUACUCACAUCAUCUCCGCUGCUGGCGAGCUUCGUCGUCCCCUUGGGGAUCGCAGCAAGCCUCCUAGCUGCGCUGCUUCUCUACAAUGUGCUCGCCCCAAGCAAGGUGUCAGGACCGUACACCAAGCUGUAUCCUGACUACAAGGGCUUCACUCAUCCUCCUUCGGAAGGCAUGGACUUUGAUCUGCGCAAAGUGGAAGAGCCAAAGUAUCGUCCGUUCAAGUUCGGGGCAUACCAGGUGACAAUGGGCAUUCGCACCAUCCCUCAGCAAGACUGGCUGCACAUCCACUGCUCCUACCCCUCCUACAUCCGCCUACGACAGGCGCGCCACGAGAUCUACAAGGAGCAUUCUGUCCGCACUCUACCCUCUGCCUCGAAGCGCAACGAGCUCGCAGCUCUCGAAGUAGCUCGUGCUAUCGCCGGCUUUCUCACGAAUCGCUAUCCCAGUAUGUUCGAAGUGACGCCGAAGGGAGCAGAGAGGAGCUCGGACGGAUGGGACAUCAGAGGAGUGAGGAGGCUGGCCCAGCCUCAUCUAGGCUUGGAAGAGAGGCAGUGGACGCUACUAGAUCUGGGCAGGGGUGGAGACGAUCCGAUGAAAGUGGCUGGAGAGCUACUGCCGGACGACUUGGCCAUCAUGAUGGCAGACGAAGAGGGGGAUACAAAGGGCCAGUACCGCUUCGUGGCCGGCAGUGUCUGCACGCCAGGUUUCUGGAGGCUAGACGAGAAGCUAGGCCUCACGCUUCAGCAGAUCCACAUCAAAGGCAAGGUAGCGCAGUAUGAGACGAAAUUGAUGCAUCCUAUGGACCGUUGGUUCUCAAAGCUCAAUCCCAACUCUCUUGCCGAGCGCAACAAUUACUUUUUCCAAGUCUUCAAUCCGCGUGAUAUUGAUCCGAAGGAGGCCAUCAAGUCACUGCACGAUGGGACCUUCAGCCCGUCUGUACUCAAGGUCGAUGACCCUCACAAUAUGUCUACGAGGGGCCACGAGGGUCACGAGGCCGUGCGAGACGAUACGGAGCUGUCCUGGUCGCACACUACCAAUGGACCAGAGAAUCUCUUUGACCAGAGUCUCAAGACGUCUGUGCCCGUCGAGGGUGUUGCGCCUCCUGAUCCUCCUGCUCCCGCUCGAGGACCGCAAGAUGUAGCUAUGCGAUCGGAACGACAGUCACUCCGCAGGUUCCCCCGCUCAGGUGCGGUGCUGUUCACCGUUCGAACCUACCUGACUCCGAUCACUACUAUGGCCGAGGAGAAGGGGGUGCCGGGUCGACUGGCGAGCGCGAUGCGCAGUUGGCCGGACGAUAUUGCUUGGUACAAGGCAGCGGAGCUUUACAGGGAUAUUGUGUUGCCGUACCUGGAUGAGAAGCAUCGCGAGCAGGUGCAAAAGGGUUGGGUCAAGGAGGGCGAGGACGAGGAGGAGGUGCUCAAGGCUAGACGAGCCUACCCUCUGUGAGGGGACAGGAGAAGCACGUCAAAAGGCACAAGGUGUUUUGUUCUGCCUGCCUCUGUCAUCGGGAUGCCCAAUAUAUAGAUAGAUGUUGCGC